AAUCAGAGAGAAGGCGGUCGCGACGAUUUCGAGAUUCUUCGUCCUUUUCUUCUUCGUUCGUAAAUUUGGUUCAAUAGAAAGAAAAAAAAUGAAGAGGAGAAUAUCAAAGAUAGGAAGCUACGCAAUAUCAUCAUCCAUAAUAAGAGAUUGCAUCUCCUGCACUACUUUCAACAUCCUCGCUCCCAUCUACAAACGCCUCUCCCUAAACGAUCAAAGCCUCCGCGAAAGCGAUAAUCGAUCGUACUGGAUGGGGAGGAAUCACCGAAUCCUCGAUUGGUUGCUCUACGAGAGGUCCUCAAUCAUAUGUCUCCAGGAAUUUUGGGUAGGGAACGAAGAGCUUGUUCGUUUGUACGAGAAGAGACUCGGUGACGCUGGUUACCUCUGUUUCAAACUCGCCCGUACCAACAAUCGUGGUGACGGUUUGCUUACGGCUGUUCAUAAGGACUAUUUCAGAGUUGUGAACUCUCGAGAUUUGCUUUUCAACGAUUGUGGUGACAGAGUCGCGCAGUUGCUACAUGUAGAGUUAGUUCCUCCUUACUCUCAGUACGAUGCUCAUCAGCAAGUUUUGAUCGUCAACACUCAUUUGUUGUUUCCUCAUGACUCUACGCUCUCUAUUGUAAGAUUGCAGCAGGUUUAUAAGAUUCUUCAGUAUGUUGAAUCUUAUCAGCAAGAAGUUAAUCUCAGUCCUAUGCCUAUUAUACUUUGCGGAGAUUGGAACGGAAGUAAGAGAGGACACGUCUACAAGUUUCUCAGGUCACAGGGUUUUGUCUCCUCUUACGACACUGCUCAUCGUUACACAGAUUCUGAAUCUCAAAAGUGGGUAAGCCAUAGGAAUCACCGGGGUAACAUAUGCGCUGUCGAUUUCAUAUGGCUUCUGAAUCCAAAUCGGUAUAGAAAGCUUCUUAAAACAAGUUGGAGUGAGGCAGUGUUUGGCAUGUUCAGGUAUCUACUGAGAAGAGCUUCACUAACAGCUGAAGAUGCGUUUGCCUUUCUUAAAACCGACAAUGAUGGUGACCACAUUACAUUCAUGGGCUUCUGCGAGACUCUUCGGCAGCUCAAUCUAACGGGUCAUUGCAAUGAACUCACGACAAAAGAGAUCAAGGAUCUGUGGAUUCAAGCUGACAGCGAUGGAAACGGUCUUCUCGAUUACAAGGAGUUUCAGCAAAGAAUUUGGAAUCCGACGUGGACUGAACAAAGAGAUGCCGAGGACGGAGAUGCAAAAGGUAACCAAGAACAAACAGUUGGUUUCAGCGUCAAGAACGCAGUAUUGUUUCCUCCUGAAGUGGAGAAAGGAGUGUGGCCAGAAAAUUACUCUCUCUCAGAUCACGCCAGACUAACUGUUGUAUUCUCUCCCAUAAGAAUGCCUUGCUCCCAAUUGGUUCCAUUUUUAGAGACCUCUUAAGUUUUUGUGUCCUUAGAAAUCAGAAUCAACACUUUUGCUCGGUUUCCAUUGGUAGGGAAGCUUAAAGACUUGCGGCACCUCCAUGAGCGCUCUCACCCCUGAGGUUUCUGCGUCUCGGGGGAAGAAGAGAAAGGACACACACAACACUGAGUCUUAUAUCAUGUACAAAACAUGUAAACCAAAUAUAGAAGAUUUCAUGUAAAAAUGAAAUGGUGUAGUAGUCUUCUAUAUUUGGAAAGUAGAUUUAUUUUGCCCCUUUUUGUUUCUAUUUUUUCCUUUUGCAAAGGACUUUAUAAAGAAUGCUCUAAGUUACUGUGGUUUGAAUGAUCCCAUUAACUUAUUAUUCACGUUAA